CUUGGCGGGGUGGGGCGGCGAUGGGGCCGCCCCCCAGGAGGCGAGAGCAAUCGAGCCGAGGAGGAGGAAGAGAAGGCGGAUUUGCGCCCCGGCCGGCCUGGCUUCUUUGCGCCUCCCGCCGCCUGGCUGGGUUCGAGCGGCUGCGCAGAUGGCGAAGCAUCGGCGGCUGCUGCUGGUCUCCAACUCGACGCUGCACGGCGGGGCUUACCUGGAGCACUGCCAGCGACACAUCCAGGACUUCCUGGGGCCGAACGUGAAGAGAAUUUUGUUUGUUCCUUAUGCCCUGAGUGACCGAGAAGCCUAUGCCAAGAUGGCGAGAGAGAAGUUUGAAAGCUUAGGCUACGGACUAGACAGUAUUCACAAAUCUCCAGAUCCCAGAGAAGCUGUAGGAAAAGCGGAAGCAAUAUUUAUUGGUGGUGGCAACACCUUUCGCCUUUUGAAAGCUCUUUAUGACAAUGGUCUGAUACAGCCGAUCAGGAAAAGAAUUCUCGAGGAUGGGAUCCCGUACAUGGGAUCCAGCGCAGGAACGAACGUGGCCACGAUCAGCAUCAACACGACCAACGACAUGCCCAUCGUGUACCCCCCUUCCUUGUCGGCCCUUGGUUUGGUUCCUUUCAACAUCAACCCGCAUUACUUGGAUCCGGAUGUCAACAGCACUCACAUGGGGGAAACUCGUGAGAAAAGGAUUCUUCAGUAUCACGAAGAACCAAACACCCCUCCAGUGCUGGGCUUGCGUGAAGGAUCGCUGCUGCUUGUGGAAGGAGAUAAAGCUACCUUGCAAGGAAAAACUGGGGCUCGGCUGUUUGUGAGAGGGAAUUCCCCAACAGAACAUAAACCAGGAAUGGAUUUUAGCUUCCUGCUGGCUGAGGAUCUUGAGAAGCCUUAAAACAUCUGUCAUGUCCAAACCAGUAUGCCUGCUGAAUCGGUAUCAAAAUGCCUUGAACAGGGUGUGGGGCCAAAAUUGUCACCAACAGUUGCCACUGGUUCUUAAAUUACUGGGCCUUGUGCCUGGCUUUUGGGUGGAGUUUGGGCUUUCCAAAGCUGAGCUCCAGAAUCUCUUGGUGAUAAUGUUUAGAUCCGGGAGAUGCAUACCAACCAGUAUGAAGUCUUAAGAGCAUAUGCAGAGUGUUCUUCCCUUUGCCACUGAGCAGUCACUGUCUGCAGAGGAGGGACUUCCAGCUCAGAGUUUGUGAUGUCCACCUCGUACCUCAUCUCACCUGAAUGGAAGAUUACAGUAAUGGUGCAGUAGACAAACCAGAACAGGAUCCCCAGUUCCUCUGUCUUCCUAAAAAAAAUGGCUGGAAAAGUUUUGUACCCCUGCUUAAGCAAUAAUUUUGAAAACAAAACAAUAAAGUUCUUCGGAGCUAA